CUAGAGCCUAUAAACGAUGGCGGUGCUCACAAUUCCAGAAGUCUCAACCAACGGCAGUCGUUGUUCCGCCAGUCCGUCGGGCGUGAAAGCAUUCCAGUCUAGCUGAUUUGUUCGUCCCAGUCGGUAGUUUCUCUCAGAAGAUGACGCUGCUCUCCAGUUCAGGGAAGGCGGUGCCGGCAUUAGGGGUCGUCCUAGUCCUGGCUUCCUCAGUAAUGGCAGCAAUUCCUGGUCCUAAUGAUCUUCGGUAUCCUGAUUACAUAGUGAAGCCGCCUGUUAAGUGCACCCAAGAAGGAUCGUUCCCUCAUCCAAGAAACUGCAGCUGGUACUACAGGUGCGUCGACCGUAUGAGCGUUGGGUAUUUCUGGACGUACCACUUCGAGUGUGAACCAGGCACCGUUUUUUCAGACGAGCUGGACCAGUGCGUCCAUCCUUUCGACGCACCUUAUUCUUGCAAAUCAACACCAGUAACGACAGCACCUCCCAUGCCUUGUACAGGUGUCCCUGGCACUUGCAAAACCUACGACAUUUGCGUACCGACCAAGACAAAGAAGACGAUGUGCACUGAAAUUCACUGCCCGCUAAGAACCCCGAACCUCAGCUGCGGCGAUGGCUACGCUUUCGACAUGGAUCGCCAGGAAUGCGCAAAAAUUCCUACAGAUGCUGAGCUUUGUCGUGUGUUGACGUGCGAGGGCGUCCCAGAAACCUGCCAAACUUUGGAGGUGUGCCGCCCGAAGAAGGAGGAGAGGCUCAUGUGCAAGGAAAUCAGGUGUCCUCUACGAGAUCCCAACCUGUCCUGUGGUGAAGAUUACCUCUUCGACAUGAAGACCCAAAAAUGCGCUAAACCACCCAAUAGCCUGGAUCUCUGCGGCGCUGAGAACCUUUCUUUAGUAGACGUGGGCCUUUUACCUUGUUCUUUCAACGGCCAAAUCCCAAAAGCUGACUUUGUAAAAAGGAGAUUCUGCAAGGACAUACCUCUUUGUGACGGCAGUAUCUAUAAGGGGAAGACAGAGGUUUGCGAAGGCUAUUACGAGUGCGAAAAGACUGCCCAGGGCUGGAAGGCUCACCAAAGAUCGUGUCCAGCUCCGCUACUCUUUAGCUUUGCUCAGGGCAAAUGCGUCGUGCCUCCUACAGAGAAAGAACGGUGCUGAAAACCCUCCCGAGAAGGCGAUCUCCCAGAUGAGAAAAUCGGAUCUCUUCGGAAAACCUGAUUCCGACCAAAACUGAGAGGAGACACAGAUGAAAAUUCCCUCGAAAUGUGAAGGUUUUCCUGGAGAUCAGAGUAUCAUUGGCUUUAUUGUUGUGUUGUUAUUGUUGUUUUUAUUGUUAUUGUUGUUAAAACCACUUUGUAAAAGAUUUAAGCAUUUGAUUUCAUCAUCUGGAAAUAUAAUUUCAAUUGAUUAUGUACAGAAAUCCAAUCAUAUUUUCCAAUAUAUCAUUUUGGAAAAAUACCUCCGAAAUGAUUAGUCUUAUGUAGAAGUAACCAUUAGCUCUCUUGGCUAGAUAAAAAUGGCUGAUUCGUAGGACGUUGUAAAUGAUUCAUUUCAUAAAUAGGAUAUAGGGACAUCCUAUACAAUACCAGGUCAAACUUGGGCAUUCUGAUUAUCAACAUAAUUAAGAUACUGGACAUACACAAUACCAAAUCAAAUUUGGGCAUUAUAUAAUUUUAAGGAUAGCUUGUAUUCUUAAGUGACAUGUGGCAAACAUUGAACAUUUCUGCUCGUUUAUUUCUCUUUAUCAGCAUUUUUAUCUUUUUGGUCUAAAUGUACGAAUCAAUCUCCGCGCAAACUCGUUAUCGUCUGCUUAGUUGCUUUCAUUUGUACAGAGUGAAAAACGUGACAAAACUUUCGAUUCUCGUAAGUUCUUAUUUCCUCCAGCCAGGAUGUUUUGUUCUUUCUCUCUAAGCGGGAUUGUGUGACGACUAAUGACAGAGCUUUUACGAAAUAAAGUGAACAAUUAAUUAGACUUUAAUGGGGAUGCAAAACUAAGUCUACAGCCAUGAUUUUGCUAUGACUUCAUUUAUCGUUACUGUUGCUGAUAUGUAUUCAAAAAAAAGACAACAGAUUUUUGCUGUUUGUCAACGAAAACAGUUAAUAAGGCAGAGCAUUUGAGUAACUGUGCCAGUCUUGAUCCUCUGUUCUUGACAGAAAACGUGAAUGAAGAAGCGUGUGUGGGUAUGUGUGCUAAUCACAAGGCUUGUUAAUUCGUAAAGGUUGAACUUUGGUGGUUGAAGAGCAGUUGCUUGGCUCAGAUGCGCAAUUUCUGAUUGUGCUUCUUGUUUCUCUUGUAAAGAGUCCUGGCUUCUUUUCAUAGGCCAUUCCCUGACAAGAUGUAUAAAACCAAAUACGUUGUAGAUUAGAAAGACUUCGGUGGAUUCUUUCUGUCCUUUCAAGCAGGACUUUUGUUUUCAUGUGAAAAGCAUUACACGCUUAAUACCCGACCAGCGUGAUUCCCGUUACCUGAAGAGCAUUUCCUCCAAUUUUGUCAAUAUGAAAGUGGUUAUCAUUUCGAUUCUGAUGAAAAGUCAUCUGUGUGAUAAUGAAAAUGUUACUAUAGUGUUUUAAAUUAUAAUGACCUAUGUAGAUUUAUUUAUGUACGUAUAUCAAAAUAAUAUAUAGGGGUAUACCAAUGAGUUAAUCUUAAUUCGUCCAUCAUAGAUAUUUCAGAUACUUGUCAGAAUCAAGUCUGACCUUUUCCACUAAGAUAGAUCCACGAUAAAGACAAUGCGUUAUAGGAUACUAUUUGGUCAUGAUUAAUAAAUGCUUAUUUGCUCAAAA